AUGGCUUCAGAUGAUCCCAAAGCUAUAGAAGCAGAGCCUCCAUCUUCGUCUUGGAAGGAGCGCAUCGUCUUUCCCACUCUCCUCGCUGGGAUUGUUGGUGGAGGAGCUGGUUUGGUCUCCAAGCAUCGAAAAGUUGUGGGUCUUCCAACCAGUUGUGCAACUUAUGCUGCUAAUUUCGCCAUUGUCACUUCUUGUUAUUGCGGGGCUCGUGAAUAUGUGAGUGUAACUCGAAAAACUGGACCGGAUGAUCUGGUAAACUCUGCAAUUGCCGGCUUUGGUACUGGUGCUAUUCUUGGGCGUCUUCAGGGUGGUCGAAUUGGUGCCGUACGCUACUCAAUCAUCUUUUCUGUUGUUGGGACAACAGUGGAUUAUGCUACAAUUAAACUAAGACCUGUCUUAAAGAGCUACAAAGAAUCUAUGCUUGGGAGUGACGACGGUAAGAAUGCUGGUUGGCUGAAAAUGCCUGAGUGGUCUCCUAUCAAAGUACUCGAUGAGGAAGCCCUUGCUGCAAAGCAGGCUCGUGAAAAACAGAUGUAUGCACAGAGGGCAGCACUUGGUAAACUUAGCAAAGAAGAGUCCUGA